AUGUUGACCAAUCGCAAAGCCUGGGCAGUGGCACUGGUACUCACCGUCGCCGCUGCCACUUCCACCACGCCUCAUGGCGACGACCAGCCGCUCCCCUGUGGCCCCUCCAUGGCGGUGUUAGACACUAACAUUGACGACCACGCCGGCGCUCACCACUACACCCCACAAGAACAGCAAUGGCUCGAGCAACGGGUGUCGGAGCUCCUCAGCCAGAACUACGACGCCGCUGCGGCGGCGCUGGUGGCGGAGCUGGAGAUCCACUCCACCGAUAACUCGUGGGGGUUUUUCCACAUGAUCCGCAACAUGAAGAACGUGUUUACCCCCAACGCGUUGUUUAAGCGUGCUAACGAAACCACGCUGACGGGGUUUGGCGGCGGCUUUUUCACCUUCAGCACCCCGCUGACCCCGUCGUUUGAUUUCACCAAUUUCGGCCAGCUGACGGAGUCCACCUCAACGACAUCGUCCACCCGCGCCACCCCCUCGCCGCUGGAGCUGCUGAACGGCGGCGACUCGACGUCGGCGACUCCGGGCCAAUUCUCCCUGCAAACUACUACAUCUUCCACCUCGGAACCGACGUUCGGCCAAUCGACGCUGGAACCCACCACCAGCAGCACUAGCGAGUUUUCGUCGCCGUCGACGCUGCUGUUCCCGGAAACCACCUCGUCCACCGAGGAAUUCACGUCUCUGCUGACAGAGCUGACCACGUCGGAAACAUCAUCGCUGAGAACACAAGAUACCACCUCGAGCCUGGAGGAAACCACCUCCUCAUCGCUGACGCGGACCCUGCGUUCGUCGUCGCGAACUAACGAUACCCCGCUGUCGACGACCGAGUCCACCACCGAGCUGACCGCCGAGCCCUCUCUGGCGAGCACCGGUACCGACCUGUCGAGCGACCGCACCACGCUGCUGGCGCUGGAAACCACCAGCGACGACCCGCUGCGGACGACGCUGGACGACACUCUGGCGACGCUGGACUUUGUCUCCCGCGUCGUGACGACGUUGCUGGGCCUGGUGGUCACCGUGACGCUGACGUACCUGCUGGCGCCGUCGAGCGCCUCCACCGGCGACGGCAAGAAGGAGAAGCUGGGCGGCGGUUUGAGUGAGUCGAACCGGAUCGUUGUCGGGGUGGUGGUGGGUGUCGGGGGCGCGUUGAUCAUCGGCGUCAUCGCGCUUCUUUUCUACUUACGCAAACGCAGACACCAAGAACACGAGCUGGGCAAGUGGACCUUCUGGAAGAAGGAAGGUAAGGGCACCGACGAGUUCUUGACCGGCGAGUUGGGUGUGCGUGACCGCAACAUCAACCAAGGGUCCAACUUCUAA